UUAAACACAGUCUUGUGCACAAUUCGAGCGGAGAAUUAUACAACUCGAUAUCUGUAACUGUAACUGUCUCAUUUAUCUCAAGUACACGCACAGUCAAAGUGACGCAAGGAAAAUAGGGUGCUGCACAUAUCCAUUCUGAUCUCGAAACCGCUCGCAGCACGGCUGCGGCUACAACACUAUUAAACGCUUUCAAAUUCGAGUACUUCGUGAUCAACGAUGGCAAACAAGGCCGUGCUCGGAGCCCUGGGCGUCAUGGUCUUCGUCCUGGUAGGCGUGGGGAUCGGCCUGAGCAUCUAUUACGGCGUCGACUGGGACGACGGUGAGCUCGGGGCGGUGCCGUUCCGCGACAUUCCUGGGAUUGAGAGGUUCGAUUGUUAUCCCGAGGCUGGAGGGUCGCAGCAGACCUGUGAGGACAGAGCAUGUGUGUGGAGUGAGACCGACGUGGAGGGGGCUCCGUGGUGCUAUUACCACCCAAAUGGUGACUACGGUUACGCUAUGAUUAGUGAACCAACGACGACAAAACUAGGUUGGAAAGUUCGUUUGGGAAGGAAGAAUAAGCCACAGAGGUACGGUAUGGCGGCCGAUACCAUCGAGAUUGAGGUUGAGAUGCAGACCGAUGAACGUCUUCAUUUCAAGAUAUCAGAUCCCCUGACGUCCCGCUUUGAGGUGCCCCUAGAGGUCCCGACGCCAGAAGAACAAGCCCCAAACCCACUCUAUGACGUCUCCUAUACCAGGAAUCCUUUCAGUUUACAGAUCAUCCGAAUCAGCACCAAUACAGCCAUUUUCAAUACUUCAUUGGGUGGUUUGACUUUUGAGGACCAAUUUCUUCAGAUUGCGACUUAUCUCCCGUCGUCCAACCUCUACGGGUUCGGAGAGCACAACCACCGCCGGUUCCGCCUCGACCUCAACUGGAAGACCUGGGGUAUUUUCACACGUGACGUUGCCCCAGUGGAUGCAUGGAAUUUGUACGGUCAUCAUCCCUUCUACAUGUGUAUUGAGGAUGGUGGAAACGCUCAUGGAGUCUUCCUUAUGAAUAGUAAUGCAAUGGAUAUCGUACUGCAGCCGACGCCAGCCUUAACAUAUCGGACUAUAGGAGGGGUUUUGGACUUCUACGUCUUUACCGGUCCAACACCGGAGAACGUCAUCCAACAAUAUGGCGAGGUCAUAGGAAGACCUGUGAUGGUUCCUUAUUGGUCGCUAGGUUUCCAACUGAGUCGAUGGAACUAUGGUAGCCUCGAAAGAGUCAAGGAAGUCUGGUCAUCCAUGAUCGAAGCUGGAAUUCCAUACGAUGUUCAAUAUGGAGAUAUAGACUAUAUGGACGAGAAGAAAGAUUUCACAUAUGACCAGGUCGCCUAUGAUGGUCUUCCAGAGUUUGUAGAUGAAGUUCACGCCCAUGGGCAGAAAUACAUCAUCAUUCUGGAUCACUGUAUCAAGGAAGAAGAAGGAUAUCACGCUUAUGACUCUGGUCUGGAUCCUAAUGUGUUUGUCCUAGACCCACAAGGUAUCGACCCCAUCGUUGGAAGAGUGUGGCCUAAUGAGAGCGUGUAUCCGGACUUUACAAAUCCUGCUGCACAAGGCUGGUGGACAACACUCUGUUCAGAUUUCCAUGACGUCAUCUCGUACGAUGCUCUCUGGAUUGAUAUGAACGAACCUUCCAAUUUCAUCCGGGGUUCGACAGCCGAAGGGGAAUGCCCCGAUAACAGAUGGAACUAUCCUCCUUACCUUCCAAAUCUCUUGAUGGAAGAGGAAAAGAUCUUCACCAAGACGAUUUGCAUGGAUUCCCAGCAUCACACCGGCAAGCAUUAUGACUUACACAGUCUCUAUGGUCACGCAAUGAGUGAAAUGUCUUUCGUGACUCUAGAGACCCUCUUCCCAGAAAAACGGAGCCUGGUCCUGACCCGGUCCUCGUUUGCUGGUACCGGGAAAUAUGCUCAACAUUGGCUAGGAGAUAAUCAGAGUUUCUGGGAGCAGAUUUGGUGGAGUAUUGUAGGCAUGUUUGAGUUCAACAUGUUUGGAUUUCCAUAUAUCGGAGCUGAUAUCUGUGGGUUUUGGUACAAUACUACUGAAGAGAUGUGCUGGAGAUGGAUGCAAAUUGGAGCGUUCUAUCCGUAUUCAAGGAACCACAACGGCGACGGAAUGAUCCCUCAGCACCCUACGGCCUUCAGUACAGAAAUGGCCGACAUGUCACGUGAUAUCUUAUUGCAUCGGUACCGCAUGCUCCCUUACCUCUACACACUAUUCUACCACGCCCACAAAGACAGUUCGACGGUUGUACGACCACUGCUCAAUGAAUUCACCUCUGACCCUUUGACCUAUGACAUAGACAGGCAAUUCCUGUGGGGACCAGCUUUCAUGAUUUCCCCUGUGCUAGAAGAGCAAACAUUUAUCGUCGAAGCAUACUUCCCGGAUGCCAGAUGGUACGACUAUUAUGACGGAACAGAGAUGACCGAGCAGCGAGGCAAAUUGGCACAACUCGAAGCACCCAUGGAGCACCUUAAUCUUCAUGUACGAGGAGGAUAUGUACUCCCAAUCCAACAGCCUUCUAACACCACGGUGUACAGUCGUCUGAAUCCACUAGGUCUCAUUGUCGCAUUAGAUGACGAUCACGGGGCUUUUGGCGACCUGUUCUGGGAUGAUGGCGAGUCACGAGAUUCAUAUGAGAAUGGAGAAUACAGCCUGAUAGAGUUUUCUGUUUCGGAGGGCAUCCUCACAAUGACAGUCCGUGUCGAUGGGUACACAGAUCCCAACUCGCUUUACUUUGCUGAUAUCUCCAUAUAUGGCGCUGACAACUACGUGGAAGGGACUGACGUCAUAAUAACCACCACUGGCGGUGAAUCUCCGAUAGAUGGCGUCGUAUUUGAUGACGCAACAAAUGUACUGACAUUAUCGGGCCUAGAGCUUGACAUGAUGUCGGAAUUUACGAUCAAGUGGGUUUGAUAACAGGAUAUUUCAUCUUCGUAGCUCUACCGCAGACGAUGUUUAACAGGACGAUAAUUUGUAAUAGUUUAUGUUAAAGAAAUAAAAAUCAGUGAGAAGGUGUGACUGUCGAUAAGAAUUUAAUGGAUUGUCUGUUAAGAGCCAGAAGGGCAUUAACUCUGAUACAAAGUAUAUGAAUUAACGUCCUUCUCGCUCCAAAUAGACAGUUUUUCCAGAUCCAACAUUUUCUCUCCAGUUUGUCAAUAAAGGAAUUGUAUGCCCUUCGCAAAAUCUCGAGUUGUAAUUGCUGACUGUUAGAAAAUGACAUAGCCUAUAAGGGCAGAAUCUCAAUUUCUUUGGUUGUUUUUUGUGUGCAUAUGAUGCCUUUUAAGUUUGCUUUUAUCAAAACCAUUCGCGUUGAAUAUAUAUAUUAGAUAAAGUGAAGAAAUACAAAGCACUAUUGGCAAUCUUCGUCAGGUGGUCGUAAUAAUGUAUAUAGCUAAAGAUGUACAGGGUGACCCGUGCAAUAAGGACAUAACACCCGAGAUCUGCAAUUUCAACAAUAUCAUUGAGACUAUGGCAUUGUUUGUUUUUGAUUGGGUAGCAAAUACUUUUAUAACUAGGCAUAUAAUGACACCAACAUCAUCAAGUUUGGGUACGGCGUUUUGAAUCUACUUUUUUACGAGGCAAAUACCGCUUUCAAAAUUGUUACAUCUGAAAUCCCGUAGUUAUGCUAAAAGCAAGAAAUUUG